AUGUAUGAAGCUUUACAGAAGAUUUAUCAGAAGAAAACUGAACAAGAAAGACAGCUGCUUAUGCAAGAUUAUUACAAUUUCAAGUUUGAUAAAGCCAAAGAUGUACACAUGAAUGUCAGUGAGUUACAAAACAUUGUGGUGAAGUUGAAGGGUUUAAAUGAAGAAAUCUCUCAAAACAUGUUAAUGUCCAAAAUUUUAACAAUUCUUCCUGAAAAAUUGCAGUAUUUUAGUAGUGCUUGGGAUUCGACACAAGCAGAUGAUAAAACUCUUGAUAAUCUUAUCUCAAGAUUAUCUCUGGAAGAAGAUAAACAGGGAUAUCCUUCAAUGACAAAUGGACUGAUAUAG